AUGGGCAGAAGAAAAGUAACACACCAGCUGAUUUCUGACAACUCCACUCGCCGAGUUACGUUCAGAAAACGCAAACAUGGUCUCUUGAAGAAGCUCAAUGAAUUAACCAUUCUUUGUGGCUUACGCGCUUGCGCCAUCAUCUACAGCGUGUACGAGGAAGGUCCCGAGGUCUGGCCAAACCGCAAAGAGGUUCGUGUUCUUCUCAAAAAGUUAAGGGCACUUCCGGAAAAGAAGCAGACCAAGUUCAUGAUGGACCAGAAAGAUUUGAUGACAAGAAUGAUCCAAGACGCAAAGAAGAAGUUGGAGAAAGAGCAGAUGCAUAGCCGUGCGAUGGAACUUGGGUUGAUAGCUUCGUCUACUGACAUGCACGAUGCUGAUUAUUCGGAGGAUCUGAUCAAAGCAGCCGAUGUGGUUGAGAAGAAGAUCAAAGUCAUCAGAGAAAGAAUUAAGGCUGUAGAAUCAGGAUCAGCCAUCGCCAUGAUAGAGUAG